AUGAAAUACAACUCGCGCAAAAAGCGCGCUCAGCACCAGCCAGUACCAGAGCCAUCGUCCGCGGCCUCCAAGCUAGACAUUGGACAUGGUGCACUUAAUUUGCAACAAGGUAACACACGAACGCCGUUCUACGAUGAUUCGAACCAUGUCGCCUACGGCUGGCAACAGAUGGCGACACUUACGGACUUCCCAGGCCUACACACGCUCAUACGUGGUACGCAGGAUGAUCCACCAUUGAGCCCUGAGAAACGAUCGCAGACUUGGCCAGCCAGCGGUCAUCAUCGGGAUGUGGGACAAGAUGAGCCAAGUGGGUUCAAUUCACAUCCUAGACGAGGGCAAGGGCCGCGCCGUCCGCCAUCUUUGACUGGAACUCAAGAUCAAGGCGAGCAUGGUGGCGGACGAAGAGAGACUUCCAACCCAUUUGUUGGUCUGCCAUCUGCCAAGCUAGAUGCUACAAGCACUGAGAGUAUCGAUAACGGUAUAAUCCUAGCGGCACCGGUGUUGAGUUCAAGAGAUGUGAGUCAGAAGUUGCAGAUCUAUAAGACCAAAGACAGUGUACGGACGUCUUUGGAGCUGGCAGAUGGCCUGCCUAAGCUGAAGCCACAGCACCGAGCACAAAGACUGAGGGUAGAUGAACUUGAGAACCCUCAACAUGCUGUGAGGAAGACCGAGCAUAUGUCUAUCAUGCUUGAGGAGCCUGCGCCUCUUCGAAUCCGCGAGAAGACCACCAACAUAGGCAUUCCAGAGACUCUUUCGCGAUCCAGGACUCUCGAGCAAGCGCAAAUGUCGCGCACCAACCACCAGCAGAGCAAUGCAAUGCACCUUUCCGUAAGGGCUGAUAAGUGGGAGUCGGAUCCUCCUAGAUCUGGUGCCAACUAUGGCGCGGAUGCGGUGUCAAGCCGGAGUCCUGAAGGCGUCAAAGUAACGGUGUGUGAGGUAAACGGACUCGAGGACAAAGAAAUGGACAGUCUCACUACUGCUAUUACAGAGUGGCAGGUAUCUGCAUCUGAUGAGAAACUAAAUCACGAGUAUGAAGACCACAGUGCAGUACCUCAGCCGUUGGACUUGGCAGCAAUUAGAACUGCAAAGGAACAUAAAAGGAAGCUUACCAGGCCGGAGGUUGACUCGAACAUUGACUCCGACAGAGACAAUCGAAGCGGCUCUCAUCCAGCCAAAGCUGAGUCCGUCCAAUCGUGUGCAACAAGCAUGUCUUUGGGUUUUGAAACCCUUAAUAUGCCAGCUGGCAACGAAAAUGAGCACAAGGGACCGGGGAGGAAGUGGUACAAAGGGUUUCGUCGCUCAGAAUGA